CAGCCUGCAAGAGGGGAGGAGCGAAACGCGAGGCAGAGCCACUCUCAAACUUCACACAGCUGCAGAGAUCGGCGGCAGGAGAGGAAGGCUGCGGCGGCUGCUGUGUACGUACUGCCGGGGCCAGGAUGAUGCGUGUGGGACAGUUCCUGAGGCUGCGGGCGUGGCGCUGCAGGGCGCUGUUGGCUGUGAUGGUCACGGCGGCGCUGCUGUUCGGCGCCCUGCUCAUGGACGGGAAGCGUCCUGACGUUGCCACAAGGCCGGUGUGGAUGGCGGCCGGGAACUGCACGCCGCGGACCAACAUUGCCUUCCUCAAGAGCCACAAGUGUGCUUCCUCCGCUAUCCAGAACAUCCUCUUCCGCUACGGCCUCAAGCACAACCUCUACUUCGCUCUGCCGGACAGAGGGAACUACUUCGGCGGCGGACGACAAAACUUCAAGGCCGAGAUGGUGAGGUUGUCGGUCCUCAACAAGAUGGAGCCGAACAUCUUCGCCAUACACACCAAGUGGGACCACGACGAGGUGAGGAAGGUGAUGCCUGAGGACACCGUCUACUUCACCAUCGUCAGGGAACCCUCGGCGCUUUUCCAGUCGCUCUUUGUCUACUCGGAUUUUGAGAAGAAGAAAGGCAUGACGAUAGACGAGUUCGUGAGGGAGGUGGCGGUGGACGCAGAGAGAGUCUCCCACUACAUCGGCUACAACCAAAUGACGUGGGACUUUGGGAUGCCGAAGAAGAACCUCAACAACAUCACUGCCGUCCGUGAAAUGGUGGCGCGCGCGGAGGACCAGUUCGGGCUGGUGGUGGUGGCUGAGAGGAUGGAGGAGUCGCUGGUGCUGCUGGCCAAGUACCUGUGCUGGGAGCUGAGCGACAUGGUGGUGCUGCGCCUCAACUCCCUCAGGGACGAGCUAAAGCAGCCGCUGUCGCCGGCGACGCGGCAGCUGCUGCAGCAGAAGCUCGCCCCGGACUACCUGGUGUACCGACACUUCGUGGAGAGGUUCGAGCGGCAAGUGGAGGCGUUCGGGCGGGCGAGGAUGGCGGCGGCGGUGACGCGGCUGCGGGAGAUGAAGGCACUGCUCUCGGACACCUGCGGCUUCGUCAGGACGGAAGCGACCAAGCUAAACAACGCGCUGAGGCCGUGGUCUAACCUGGUGGACGGUUUCGCGGAUGAUGGAGGAAGUGGAUGCAGCCUCUACAUCCUGCCGGAGCUGCGGUUCAUUGAGAAGCUGAGGAAGAAACAGAUGAAGGAAGUUAUAAAGAGGUUCGGGAUGCAGCCGGGACCGCCCCUGGACGCCAUUCCCUUAGCGAUCGGCCAAGACGGGAAGGUCAGCGAAAAGGACUUGGAGAACCUGAAGAAGACGCUGGUUCACAAGGACAACACGAGGAAGAAGAUAAGCGGAAAAAGGGCGACGGGACCAGGUGGAAAAUAUAUGGCUGCGAGUGACGGUGGUGGCGGCGGCGGCGGUAGCGGUGUUGUUGGUGGUGAUCCGAAUGGUGCUGGUGGUGAUGGUAAUGGUGAUGGUGGUGGGGCGUGAGAGGCCUCGGUAAUGACGUUCGCCACCUCGCAGAAAGCACCAGUCUAAUAAUUUAGUUCUCACAUCAGGGAAUGGAGGACUGGGCUAGAUUCACAAAGGCUUAGUGCGUAGUUUUGAGAACAUUGUGAUACACAAAGCUCGCACGAUAAUAACUACCAACUAAUUGAUGGCGUCACGGGUUAGCGCGCUGAAGGUUUAACGCGCUCUGUGUGACGCUAAAUUUGUUGUGAAAUAACUACUGCUGUCACCCUGCCUGGUCAAACUCUUUCGCCUCUGCCUGUCAACAUCUACCUUUCCUUCUUGCUGGAAGUAUGCCUUCAUACAGCCUGUGCCUAAGAAGGGUGACCGCUCCAAUCCCUCAAACUACCGCCCUAUAGCUUUACUUUCUUGUCUAUCUAAAGCUUUUGAAUCAAUCCUUAACCGGAAGAUUCAAAAGCUUUUUUCCACUUCUGACCUUCUAUCUGAUCGCCAGUAUGGGUUCCGCAAGGGGCGUUCUACUGGUGAUCUCCUAGCCUUCUUAACUGACUCUUGGUCAUCCUCUCUUAGCCGUUUCGGUGAAACUUUUGCUAUUGCGCUGGACAUAUCAAAAGCUUUUGAUAGGGUCUGGCACAAAUCUUUGCUUUCUAAACUACCCUCCUACGGUUUCUAUCCUUCUCUCUGUACCUUUAUCUCCAGUUUCCUUUCUGACCGUUCUAUUUCUGCCGUGGUAGACGGUCACUGUUCUUCCCCUAAAUCUAUUAACAGUGGUGUCCCACAAGGUUCUGUCCUAUCUCCCACUCUUUUUCUGUUGUUCAUUGAUGAUCUUCUUUCCAAAACGAACUGUCCCAUCCAUUCCUACGCCGAUGAUUCCACUCUGCAUUACUCAACUUCUUUUAAUAGAAGACCCACCCUUCAGGACCUUAACGACUCAAGGCUGGAGGCUGCAGAACGCUUAGCCUCAGACCUUACUGUUAUUUCCGAUUGGGGCAAGAAGAACCUGGUGUCCUUCAACGCCUCAAAAACACAGUUUCUCCACCUAUCCACUCGACACAAUCUUCCAAACAACUAUCCCCUAUUCUUUGACAACACCCAGCUAUCACCUUCCUCAACACUAAACAUCCUCGGUCUAUCCUUAACUCAAAAUCUCAACUGGAAACUUCAUAUCUCAUCUCUUACUAAAUCAGCUUCCUCGAGGCUGGGCGUUCUGUACCGUCUCCGCCAGUUCUUCUCCCCUGCACAGUUGCUGUCCAUAUACAGGGGCCUUGUCCGCCCUCGUAUGGAGUAUGCAUCUCAUGUGUGGGGGGGCUCCACUCACACAGCUCUUCUGGACAGAGUGGAGGCUAAGGCUCUUCGUCUCAUCAGCUCUCCUCCUCAUACUGAUAGUCUUCUACCUCUUAAAGUCCGCCGCAAUGUUGCCUCUCUUUCUAUCUUCUAUCGAUAUUUCCACGCUGACUGCUCUUCUGAACUUGCUAACUGCAUGCCUCCCCCCCUCCCGCGGCCCCGCUGCACUCGACUUUCUACUCAUGCUCAUCCCUAUACUGUCCAAACCCCUUAUGCAAGAGUUAACCAGCAUCUUCACUCUUUCAUCCCUCACGCUGGUAAACUCUGGAACAAUCUUCCUUCAUCUGUAUUUCCUCCUGCCUACGACUUGAACUCUUUCAAGAGGAGGGUAUCAGGACACCUCUUCUCCUGUAUUUGAUCUUCCUUUCGGCCACCUCUUUUGUUUUACUUUAGGAGCAGCGAGUAGCGGGCUUUUUUUUCUUUUUUUUUUCUUUUUUUGUGUGCCCUUGAGCUGCCUCCUUUGUUGUAAAAAAAAUAUAUAUAUUAUAAUAUUUACGUAUAAAUGCUUAUAAAUCGCGUUUUUCAAAUUGAACUAUAACUUUGCGAGUAGAGGCAAUCCAUUUCUUUAUAAAAUGAUGAGAUGUGCACACUUUGAGAGGAAUAUGAUAAGUGUGGGCGGUAUGGCAACACCGAAGCCCGGCCGGGGGAUUGCAGACCUCCCUCCUCUUUCAUCUUCUGACCUCCUCAUCCAUUCGAUCAUUCAUCCAUCCCUACAUUUGUCCCUCCGCGGGACCAUGGACCUUUGUCGGGUGACAGCCCAUGAGUUGGGCUGCAGAUAUGGCAAGACAGUCUUAACUUUUCCUCGCUCCUUCCUUCCGUCCUUGUCUGCCUCGGUAUAUGUGCCACAUUAUUUUUAAUAUGCUCUCUUCCUGCCUCAAUCUCCUCCUUAUCUUCUUUUUCUACCCCUUAAACAUGUUCCUAGAUAACAAGACAUCGAACAGCAGAGUUAUCUUGACGUUAAUGUGCAGCAAACGACGAAAUAAUUAAACUCCUAGAUUACGAUUUAAUACAGUUUGCCUUAACUUUCCGGCUUUUCUCUCCCCGAUGUGCGUACCAGUUGGAAGGAAGCGUACAAACUAGCGAACAUCUGCAUUCUGGCGGGGAGUCAUGUGAUAGUGGGGUCUGUGAUGUCAUUCCGUGCGAUUUUGGUGCCAGUGUUGAUUCUAUGGUUGAACUGAACUCUUUAAACAUAUAUAGAAAUAAGCUGGUGUCAUUUUUUUACCUCGAAUUUUGGGGGGAUUUUUUCCCCACUGCAACCUGGCUGAAAUAAAUAAAUGUUAAAGCAUGGUUCCUGUUAGACUUGCACCGAUUAAUCGGUAAGUAAUCGGUAAUCGGCCUAAUCAGCCACUUUGUCGAUUAAUCGGUAAUCGGCUUUUUGACCGAUUAAUCGGGGCCGAUUAGUAUUUUUUUUCUCUUUUAUAAUACAAUGUACAUAACACAAUAUUAAUAAUGUUAAUGUAAGGAUGUUGAUGUUAAAAAAAAAAAAAAAAACUCUGAUACCUUU